GCGAGUCAUAUCGCGUGUAGAAAUCGAAAUCCGGUCACGUGACCAAAGUCCGGAAGAAACGACUUGACGAUGAGAGCGAUUUAACGGAGGAGUGAUGAUUGUACGCGGUUUUUUCUUCUUGUUUUUAUCACUUGGACUUCUGGAGGUUUUGAGCCACGAUGGUAUCGUACCUCUCGUCCAAAGUUUGGACGGUGAAUGGAACUUGUGGAACUCGAACAAGUCCUUUUUUCUGCCCGCCCAAGUCCCAGGAUGCGUCCACACGGCGCUGCAGCAGCGAGGGUUAAUUCAGGAUCCUUACUUCCGGUUCAAUGACCUUCUGUACGAGUGGAUCUCUUUGGACAAUUGGACGUACGCCACCACGUUUGCAGUGUCCAAAGAGCUGAGGUCCAAGCGACAAGUCCUUCUGAUUCUGGACGGCGUGGACACGGUGGCGUCGGUUUGGCUCAAUGGCGCGUUGGUGGGCCGCACGGACAACAUGUUCCGUUCAUACGUGCGUUCACCUUAGCACUUCCCCAACCGUCGGUCCGUCC